AUGUGUCCCCGAGGAUACCAAGUUCUAUCAACAGCUUACACCGAGAACUUGGUGGGAGAGAAGUACCACAUACAGAGCCACAAACUCAGCGACGACUUCCUUGACGUCUACGUCGUCACCGACGAAAACGGCAACCACUUCGAGGCACAGGCAUUCACCCCGGUCGCGAAGAUGCCGCGGGAGAGCGAGGGGCUCUGCCAGGCGCGCCGGCGACGCAUGAAGCGCAUCUGCCGCUCGCACAACUUCGCGGACGAGUUCGAGCACGAGGGCCGCCGGUUCCUGGUCUCUAAGGUCCGGAGGAACGAUAAGGACUGGAUGGAUCUGCAAGCUCAGGUCGGCGGGCGCAGCAGCAGCAGCAGUAGCAGCGAAAAAACCGAAAACAUACUUCGGCCGGCGGCAGCCGCGGAGGGAUUCGUGGCCGAGGCUUCUUCUUCGUGGGAUCGGCAGGAAGACGACGGUUUGGGGCCCGCAGUGUUGGGUUCGUCGGCGCAGCACAGGAUCAACCCAAGCUACUCGGACGCGUUGGCCAGGAAUACCAGGCAUGCGGCGGGUGAACCGGACGGAAGGCGGCGGUUGUUUCUGGCGCUUGGCAACCCGAAAAGGGUUUGA